ACGGCCGAGAUCCUGGAGCUGGCGGGCAACGCGGCCCGCGACAACAAGAAGACGCGCAUCAUCCCGCGCCACCUGCAGCUGGCCAUCCGCAACGACGAGGAGCUCAACAAGCUGCUGGGCCGCGUCACCAUCGCGCAGGGCGGCGUGCUGCCCAACAUCCAGGCCGUGCUGCUGCCCAAGAAGACCGAGAGCCACCACCACAAAGUCCAGAGCAAGUAGUGUCUCAUAUGCAGUAACACCUAGCCAGUGAUCUUAACUUCCGGACGGGAGGGGGGAAACCCCGAAACUGACCCAAAGGCUCUUUUCAGAGCCACUCAAAG